AUGGUUUAUGUACUUUACCACUAUGCACCGAGCAAAAUAGCUGCGAUAAUUGCAGCUGCUUUAUUUCUCGCUAGCACAAUAUACCAUCUUAUAACGAUGAUUCGAAAGAAAACCUAUUUCUACACAGCUAUGAUAUGUGGAGGUCUCAUGAUGACGGCUGGUUACGUCUUCCGAUAUCUCUCUGCAAAGAGCCCUUCAUCUAUACCGCUCUACUCUGGUCAAUCUAUCUUUAUUAUCCUUCCGCCAUCUCUGUAUGCAGCAACCAUAUACAUGAUCUACGGCCGUAUCGUCCUCUUCGUCAACGCUCCAUCUGCAUCCAUUAUUCCCGUUAAAUGGGUCACUAAAAUCUUCGUCGGUGGAGAUGUUAUCUCUUUUAUGAUGCAAGCUGGUGGUGGCAGUAUGAUGGCAACAGCUGGUAACAGCGCCCUCGGACAAAAAAUAAUCAUCGUCGGUCUUGUCGCACAGCUUGUAUUUUUCAGUCUCUUCCUCACCAUCGCCAUUACCUUCGAACGUCGCAUGCGAUCACACCCACGAUCAUUUGAUAUCCCAGCUCGCGGCAAGAAGACUUGGCAUCAAUUACUCAUGCUCUUGUUCGCGGCUGCAGUAUUGAUUAUCGCAAGAUGUCUUUACAGAGUGGUAGAGUUUUCUCAAGGUUCAACGGGGGCUUUGAUGAGCCAUGAGCUUUAUAUGUAUGUUGCGGAUACGGCGCCGAUGUUUCUGGUGCAGAUCAUGUUCCAUGUUGUGCAUGCCGGAAAUGUUUUUCCAGAUGGGGUAGAUCUCAAGAAAGCAGCUUUGAUGGAUGACAAUUAUAUUGGAUUGAGUGAUCGAGCUAUUUCGCCAAUGUAUAAUCGGGCAUGA